UGGCGAGCGAAGUCGCAGGUAGCGUUGCAGAGCAAUUACAAUGUCCCGUUUGUUCGAAGGAUUUCGCGGCGUCAGAAAUCAAUGCCCAUCUGGACAGAUGUUUGUUAAACAAUGACAGUUGUCCGACAUCAACCAGUAAAGACGAGAACGAACCACCUCUCAAGAAAUCUCGCAUUUCUAGCGAAGCGUCUAGUCCACCUGUCAACAAGACAGACUCGUCGGAGGCGAGGAAAGGUACCACGCCGUCCUCUCCGGUUUUCGGUAUGUUUCAGAUCAACAGAAAUAAGGGUCCAAUUGAAGGUGAACGAAUAACAUUUUUAUCGAAUAAGCCGAGUGCCAGCACUGCUGUCAGUAAAGGAAUUAAACGUCAUUCACCGGGCGAGACAGGGCCAGGUGUGGCCAUGGGACAGUUUGGCAUCGACCCACCUGUAUCGAACACACUGAAAAAGACCCCGCGUGAAACAACACCUGCGAGCGCACUGCUGAAUAUCGAUAAACCACUGGCGGAGAAACUGCGACCAACCACGCUAGAGGAAUAUUUCGGCCAAAACAAAGUAGUGGGAGAACACACCCUUCUCAGGUCGCUGUUGGACUCUCAGGAGAUACCGUCAUUGAUCCUGUGGGGACCGCCUGGAUGUGGAAAGACCACCCUGGCCCACAUCAUAGCCAGCAGCAGUAAGAAGAGGGGCACGGCCCGCUUCGUUUCUCUCUCUGCCACCAGCACGUCCACCAAUGAGGUGCGAGAGGUCAUUAAGCAGGCCCAGAAUGAGCUAAAACUGAUGAAGAGGAAGACCAUCCUCUUUAUAGAUGAGAUCCAUCGCUUCAACAAGUCACAACAGGAUACCUUCCUCCCUCAUGUGGAGUGUGGGACGGUGACUCUGAUCGGGGCGACCACGGAGAAUCCUUCGUUCCAGGUGAACGCGGCUCUGCUGAGCAGGUGCAGGGUCCUGGUUCUGGACAAGCUGUCUGUGGAGGCGAUGGGGUCGAUCCUGCUCAGGGCCGUCGCUACGCUGGGGAUCAGUGUACUGGGAGAAGAUCUCAACGAUGGCAUGGAUCAAGACGAGUUAGACUCAACCGAGCUCGGAUCAGAACCAAAGGUCUAUAUUGAGCAGAAGGCUCUGGACACCAUAGCCCACCUGUGUGACGGAGACGCCCGGGCGGGGCUAAACGGGCUCCAGCUGGCUGUUCAGGCCCUGGUGGGUGCAGCCCAUCCUGGCCAAUCAGGAUCUGGCAGUACCCCACAGGACAUUGUGGUGCAGGAGGAGCAUGUGAAGGAGGGCCUUCAGAGGUCCCAUAUCCUCUACGACAAAGCAGGUGAGGAGCACUAUAACUGCAUCUCAGCGCUGCACAAAUCAAUGAGGGGCUCCCACGAGAACGCUUCCCUCUACUGGCUGGGCCGCAUGCUGGAGGGAGGAGAGGACCCUCUGUACGUGGCUCGCAGACUAGUCCGCUUCUCUAGUGAAGACGUGGGUAUGGCAGAUCCCUCUGCCCUUCCCCAGGCUGUAUCUGCCUUCCAGGCCUGCCACUUCAUCGGGAUGCCAGAGUGUGAGGUGAUCUUGGCUCAGUGUGUGGUGUACCUGGCCAGGGCUCCCAAGUCGGUAGAAAUCUACAAGGCGUACGAUAACGUGAAGGCCAGUCUGAGGAACCAUAAGGGACCCCUGCCCUCUGUUCCCCUGCACCUUCGCAACGCCCCCACCAAACUCAUGAAGGACCUGGGCUAUGCUAAGGGCUACAAGUACAACCCUGCCUUCAGUGCCCCUGUGGAGCAGGACUACCUGCCUGAGGAGCUCUGGGGCAUGGACUUCUUCACCUGGAACCCCUCUGACCCAUAACCUCUGACCUUUGAGGUUGACACAUGACCUCUGGCAUCUGAGGUCAAGGUUACUAUGAGGGUUAGAAUGCUAAAGCUUCCAUUGUUGUGCUAUGAGGACCUCUGAAAAUGCUGCUGGAUCUAACACGAAUUGAACACUUAUGCCUAAGACUAAUUUUGAGUUCAAUGUUAUCACUUUGUUAAAUAAAUACAUUUAAUCUUGUAUUGUAGAUUGUUACCAUUAUGUUGAUAUAUUUUGUCCAAUAGACUGUUAUAAAUAAACAGGAACAGUAAUUAA